CAUCAUCAUCCGUACGCUAGACAAGCUGCUGUCACAAACCAAACGAUCCUGCGGCAUCAAAGUUAUGAUACCUACCAUCAGCAGCAGCACGCUAGACAAGAUCCUGUCACAAAACAAAAGAUCGCGCGGCAUUGGAGUUAUGAUCCCUACCAUUAUUAUCCAUCCGAAUCAAUAUCGGUUUCCUCGUGUCUUCCACUCCAUUCUAUGUGGCUUCCGGAAAAUCCGAAAUCUUUAACAGUGGAUCGAUCUGGUUUAUCAUUCAUGUCGGAAACUUCAAACUUUCCAUAUUUUGGAUUAGUACCUUCUACACUUUGUGCUAAUCCAAUUAUCCAGUCGCCAGUAACAACUUCGGACCCGAGCGUGGAUUAUAGUCCCUCACAAACAGAGGAUUUUCCAAAUUCAAUUAUUCAAUCGCCGAUAACAACUUCGGAUCCAAGCGUGGAGCAUAGUCUUUUACAAACAGAGGAUUUAACAUGGAAUUGUAAUAUUAGCAAUCAUCAACAUUCGGAAACAUACUCAAAUUUCCCAUCGUUUGGAUCCUCGCCGGUAACAACCUCAGACCCGAGCGUAGAUUCCUGUCUUUCACAAACAGAGAAUUUUCCAAAUUCAAUUAUUCAGUCGCCGGUAACAACCUCAGACUUGAGCGUAUAUUCUG